GCCCCCUCUGCCCAUGAAACCCUCCCGCCCCCGCCCCACACAGCGAGGGAGGGAUGGCGCCCCUUUGCCUGAGAACUGGGGGAGGCCUUGGCCUACCUGAAACGCGGGUUCGUGAGCCUCGGGCCCCACGGAAGAGCGGUAGGAAGGAAGGAUGGAGGCCGCCUUCCCCCGGCAUUUCUGGCAGCAAAACAGACCAACGGCCAGCGGCCCCGUGAGAUGCCCCUCACUGCUCCCAUUUUACGGAUGAAGAAACCGAGUCUUGAGUUCCGGAAGUGGUACCGCUCCGGGGUGUGCUGGGUAACAGAGACUCGCCCCGUCCCACCCCCUCCCCCCACCCGGGCCUCGGUCCCCGGGGCCCCCUCCACAGGCCCAGGUCUGGGCACGGCCUCCUUCCCCAGAAAGCCACUCGGUGGGAUCGGAUUCCCCGGGCAGCCGUCCAGAUCGGCUCCAGGCUCCGGCACAGCGCGGCGCCCGGACGCGGGCCCGGCCCGCUUCCCGAACUCCAGGGGUUAAGGCUCGGGUCCCGCCCCUUUUCCCGCCUGGCUGGCGGGAGUAUGAAUAGCCUCGUUCCCACUCCCGACGUUCAGUCGCUCGGCUGCUCCUCGCUCCGCCCCGCCAUUGUCCCCGCCGGGCUCCCUUCUCCCUCCCCGUCCGUCCUAAGAGCUCUGAGAGUUGCUGGCUUCUCCCGCCGCCCCGCGUCUCUCCACCUUCGGUGGGUCAGACUUGCGAGCAAGAUGGAGGGCUGCCUGGGGGAGGAAUCUUUCCAGAUGUGGGAGCUCAACCGGCGCCUGGAGGCCUACCUGGCGCGGGUGAAGGCCCUCGAGGAGCAGAAUGAGCUGCUCGGCGCGGAGCUCGGGGGCCUCCGGGCACAGACCGGGGACGCCUCCUGGCGCGCCCGUGCCGACGACGAGCUGGCGGCCCUGCGGGCCCUCGUCGACCAGCGCUGGCGGGAGAAGCACGCGGCCGAGGUGGCGCGCGACAACCUGGCGGAAGAGGUGGAGGGCGUGGCGGGCCAGUGCGAGCGGCAGCGGCUGGCGCGGGAGCGGGCGGCGGCCGAGGCGGCCCGCACCCGGCGUGCGGCCGAGGCCGAGAAGGGCGCCCGGGCGCGGCUGAGCUCCCGGGCGGCGCAGCUGGAGCGCGAGCUGGAGGCCGUGUGCGCGGCGCACGAGGAGGAGCGCGCCGCCCUGAGCGCCCGGCCCCGCGCGCCCGGCCGCGCCGCCGCGCCCCGCGGGCCCCCCGCGCCCGCCCCGGAGCUGGAGGAGCUCACGCGGCAGCUGGGCGACGCGUGGCGCGGGGCCGUGCGCGGCUUCCAGGAGCGCGUGGCGCGCAUGGAGACGUCGCUGGGCCAGGCCCGCGAGCGCUUGGGCCGCGCCGUGCAGGGCGCCCGCGAGGGCCGCCGGGAGCUGCAGCAGCUGCGGGCCGAGCGCGGCGGCCUGCGGGAGCUACGGGCGGCGCUGGAGCAGAGGCUGCAGGGCGGCUGGCAGGAGCGGCUGCGGGCCACCGAGAAGUUCCAGCUGGUGGUGGAUGCCCUGGAGCAGGAGAAGCAGGGCCUGCAGAGCCAGAUUGCCCGGGUCCUGGAAGGUCGACGGCAGCUGGAGCACCUCCAGAUGUCCCUCAGCCUGGAGGUGGCCACAUACAGGACCCUCCUAGAGGCCGAGAACUCCCGGCUGCAGACUCCCGGCAGCGCUUCCAAGACUUUCCUGGGCUGCCAGGACCCUAAGCUGGAGCUGCAUUUCCCUGGGACCCCAGAGGGCCGGCAUCUGGGACCUUUGCUCACUGCCCUGAGCCCUACUUCCCUCUCCUUGCCCUUGCCUGAUACCCUUGAGACACCAGUGCCAGGCUUUCUGAAGAGCCAAGAAUUCCUCCAGGCGCGUACCCCAACCUUGGCCAGCACCCCCAUCCCGCCCACACUUCUGGCUCCCUGUGCCGUUACAGAUACAGAGAUCAGAGCCCAGGAUGCCCCGCUGUCCCUGCUCCAGCCACAGAUUGGGAGGCAGCAGGUUCCAGAGGCCCUGCACUCUAAAGCCAAGGUAGCCAUCCCUUCCAGCAUCCUGCCAGGACCAGAGGAGCCUGGAGGCGAGCAACAAGAGGCCAGUACUGGCCAGUCCCCUGAGGAUCAUAUCUCCUUGGCCCCACCCCUCAGCCCUGACCCCUGUAGUUUAGAGGCCAAAGGUAGAGAACCCGGUGGGUCUGGAAUGGCCAGCAGAUUCCAGGAGGAAGGUGAAGGGCAAAUCUGGGGACUGGCAGAGAAAGAAAUGGCCAUAGAGGUAAAAAUGGUGAACAGUUUGCAGCAGGAAACAUGGCAAGAAGAUGGGGAUCUGAACAUGAAGGAAAUCCAGGACUCCCAGGGUCCUUUGGAAAAAGAAACUCUGAAGUCUGUGGAAGAGGAAAUUCAAGAGCCACUGAUGUCUCUGGAAAAACAGAGCCAUAAGGCACUGAGAUCUCUAGAGAAGGAGAAUCCAGAAUCUCUGAGGUCUUUAGAAGAAGAGAGUUUAGACACAUCAAAAGGUCUAGAGAAGGAGAAUCAAGAGCUAUUGAUGUCUUUAGAAGAGAAGGAUGCAGAAGUAGUGAGACCUCUAGAAAAAGAGACUCUAGGACUACUUAAACCUGUAGGAAAAGAGGACCCACAGACAUUGCAAUCUCUAGAAAAGGAGAAUCAAGAACCAAUGAGGUCUCUUGAAGGUAAUCUAGAGACAUUUUUAUAUCCAGAAAAGGAAAAUCAAGAGUUAGUAAGGUCUCUAGAAGAGAACUUUGAGUCAAAAAGAGAUUUAGAAAAGGAGACUCAGAAGCCACUGAGGUCUCUAGAAGAUGAGAAUCUAGAAAACUUAAGACUACUAGAAAAAGAGAACCAAGAGUCUCUGAACUCUCUAGAAGAUGAGAAGCAUAAGACCUUGAGACCUGUAGAAAAAGAGAACCAGGAACCACUGAGGUCUCUAGAAGAAGAAGACAAAGAGACAUUGAGGCUUCUAGAAAAAGAGAACCAAAGGUCCUUGAGGUCCCUAGAAGAAGAGGAGCAGGAGACAGUGAGACCUCUAGAAGAAGACAACCAGGAGCCAGUGAGGUCUCUAGAAGAUGAGAACCAGGAGACAUUGGGACCUCUAGAAAAAGAGAACCAGAGGUCCUUGAGGUCUCUAGAAGAAGAGGACCAGGAGACAAUGAGACCUCCAGAAGAAGAGAACCAGGAGCCAGUGGGGUUUCUAGUAGAAGACCUGGAAACACUGAGACUUCUAGAAAAAGAGAACCAGGAGACAGUGAAGUCUCUAGAAGAUGAGAAUCAGGAGACAUUGGGACCUCUAGAAAAAGAGAACCAGAGGUCCUUGAGGUCUCUAGAAGAAGAAGGCCAGGAGACAUUGAGGCCUCUAGAAAAAGAGAACCAGGAGCCAGUGAAGUCUCUAGAAGAGGAAAACCAGGAGACAUUGGGAUCUCUAGAAAAAGAAAACCAGGAGCCAGUGGGGUCUCUAGAAGAAGAAGGCCAGGAGACAUUGAGGCCUCUAGAAAAAGAGAACCAGGAGUCAAUGAAGUUUCUAGAAGAUGAAAACCAGGAGACAUUGAGAUCUCUAGAAAAAGAGAACCAGGAGCCAGGGGAGUCUCUAGUAGAAGAAGACAAGGCAACAUUGAGACCUCUAGAAAAAGUGAAACCAGAGCCACACAUGUCUCUUGGAAAAGACCAGAAGAUAUUUAGACCUCUUGAAAAUGAGAAUCAACAGUUAUUAAGGUUCCUAAAAGAAGAGAAUGUAGAGACAAUGAGAUCUUCAGAAACUGAGAAUCCAGAGUCACUAAAGUCUGCAAGAGAAGACUUGGGAAUACUGAAAUCUCUAGAAACUCAAGAGUCACUGUGGUCUCCAGAAGAAAUGAAUCAGGAGACAAUGAAACCUCUAGAAAAGGAAAUUCAAGAAGCACUGGACUCUGUGGAAGAUGACCGAGACACACUGAGACCCCUAGAUAAGGGGGACCAGGAAUCACUGAGAUCUCUGGGAGGGUGGAACCUAGAGAAUCUGAGACCUCUGGAAGAGCUAGGUCAGGAAAGUCAAAGGAACCUGACCGAGGAAGAGACCCCCGAGCAGAUGGAGAAUCCAGAGUCUCCGAGGUCUUUGGAAGAGGAAGGACAGGAGUUGCCACUGUCUGCCAACCAGCAGGGGUGGGAAGAUGUGGUGGGGGACCGAGAACUGGAGCAGGAUUUGCCCCCUGGCAGGGCGGCAGCGGGCCAGGAGGCUGAGGCAAAGCUGGACGUGAGGGAGUGGGCUGGCUUCGCCGGGAAGGAGUCUGUGGGGCAUGGACAGCUGCGGCUAGUGGCCGCAGGGGAGGUCUGGAGCACAGGAGAGGGGCACCCAGGGAGCCCUGAGCCCAAAGAGCAGAGGGUCCCAGUUGAGGGAGCCAGUGGGGAGGGAGGCACUGAGGGCUUCCGGGACCCCGAAGGGCAGCCGGAGCAAGUGGGGGUGCCAGGCCUCCAAGCUCCCCAGGGAGUGUCAGAGGUGAGAGAGCUGGUGUUGGAAGGUAGAGAUGAGUCCCUGGGGGGUGGCCAGGCCUCCCCAGAGGUCACUUCGGGGUUAGAGACAGCUGUGGGCAAGUCUGCUGCGGGAAGCCGGCAGGGACCAGAGCAGGAGGUGGUGGGGCUGGAGGACCCAGGCCCCCCGGCCAGAGAGGAGGGGGAGGCGUCACCCAUGGGCGAGGAAGGUUUGCAGGCAGAGAGGAUGCAGGGUUUGGAAGGGCCCAGAAAGGACCCAGAGGAGGCAGCUGCUCUGGACCCAGAGCUUUCCACCCCGUCCAGGAAGAGCACAGACCCCUUGCAGCCUCCCAGGGGCUGGGAGGAGGCAGAGUCGGAGGCCCCGUGGGGAGCAGAGGCGGGGCUCCCCGCUGAGACCAAGUGCCCCUCUCACAGUGGAAGCAGUAGGGGUACCCCUCAGCCCAGGCCCCUGGGGUCAGAGGAAGCAGGAAAAGAUGCAGAGCUAGUGCUGGGGCCCCCCAGCCCAAGGCCCACUGAGCCCCGGGCACCCACCCCAAUCCCUGGAGAUGCCCCUGGGCUCGAGCUCCUGGCUGAGGGGAGCCAGGAGGCUGGCUGGGGGCUGGAGGGCAGUGCAGAGGCUCUGGGAAGGCUGGAGGGGGAGCAGGAGAAAUUGGGUUCUGAGGGGAGCCCUGAGGAUCUCCAGGAGGAGGGGGAGGAGAACAGAGAAGACAGCGAGGCUGAUGAGCUUGGGGAGACUCUUCCUGACUCCACUCCCCUGGGCCUCUAUCUCCGGUCCCCAGCCUCCCCCAAGUGGGACCUGGUUGGAGAGCAGAGGCCCUCCCCUCAAGGGGAGGCCAGAGAGGAAGGCUGGGAUCCUUCUGUUCCGGCCCCUGAGGGCUGUGGGGCUCAGCCUGGGGAAGAGGAGGAGGAAUGUGGUCAGGACUCUGACUUGUCGGAGGAGUUUGAGGACCUGGAGACCGAGGGUUCUCUCCUUCCCAGCAUCCCCGGGGAGGCUGUGGAACCUCCAGGCCAAGUGCCUCAGCUGCUGCUGGAGCCUGCAGCCUGGGACGGGGAUGGGGAGUCCGAUGGGUUUGCAGAUGAGGAAGAGAGUGGGGAGGAUGGAGAGGAAGACAGAGAGGAAGAUGGGAGGGAGUCGGGGGCUGACCAGUGGGGCCCAGGGUCCUCUGUGGGCCCCCUUCCGGCCCUGAGUGGCCCUCAGAGAGGGAACUUCCUGGGGUCUGAGACCACAGAUGGCAGCGUCCCCUGGGAUGAUGGCCUGAGGGGCAUGGCAGCCGAUGUUGGCAUGACAGCCGAUGUUGGCAUGACUGCCCUGGAGACUGAGUCCCAGGACAGCACGGAGCCCUCGGGCUCGGACGAGGAAUCUGGCCCUGUUCCCUUGGAGAGGGAGGACCAGGUCCCCGGCCCUCUGGGAACCCUCAGUGGGGUGGGAGACAUGGGCCUGGGAGUGGGGGACAGCCUGGGUGUCAAUAGCCAGGGCCCCAGCCUGAAGGAGGAGUUAGAGCAUGUGAAUGGGGGGGUGUUAAACGGGCUGCAGCAGUCCGAGGGAGGAGGGCAGGGGAAACUGGGGGGCCCUGAGGCGGACCAGGGCAGCCCCUUGGAAGAGGAGGAGGACGAGGGGAGUGCCCUGAAGGCCCCUUGGGCAGGAUCUCCUCUUCACCUUGGCGUGGGCCAGUUCCUGAAGUUCACUCCAAGGGAAGGAGAUGUCGACUCGUGGUCCUCAGGGGAGGACUAGGGAGAGCUCCUCCCUCACUGAGGACUCGGGGUGUGUGUGUGUGUGCGCACGUGUCAGGGGGGUCCCUCAGCCCCCUCCCUGCUCAGAGGCAGCACCCUUAAGUUAUGAUCCCUUGACCUGUGGCUUCUGUCCCAGAGGCUGGCCGGCCAAGGUGAAGCAGGGUGUGGUAUGGGGGUGCGUCCCAAGAACGGAGGCUCCAGAAUGCAACCCAGCCCCUCCGACCCUGCUGUCCCAUGAGGCUUCAGCCAGCUGAACCACUGUAGGACUAGGCCCCUUUCCUCCCACACCCCUUCUCCCCCUCCUGCCAUCUGGAAAGGGCUCCUCCCAGGGGAGGGGGCUGUGGUGGUCCUCACCACAGGGCUCACCAGCCCUGUCCCCCCUCGCUGCACCCUCUCGGGGUGUCUGGCCACUGGGUGAGGAUGUGCUCCCAGGUCCUGACCCCCGUAUUCCUGCCAUGUUGUGUCUGGCUCAUCCCUGCCUGAAUAAAGUAGUUCUUCCGCCCCCGAA